AUGGUUAAAUCAGCAAUCCCUAAAGACCAGCAUGUGCUGCGUUUCCUGCGUUCACGGGACUUUAAUCUGGAAAAGGCCAAAGAGGCUUUGUGCCAGACGCUCACAUGGAGGAAGCAGCAUCAGAUAGACUUCCUGUUGGACACAUGGCAGUGUCCACAGCUCCUGCAGGACUACUACACAGGAGGCUGGCACCACCAUGACAAAGAUGGACGUCCUCUUUAUAUCCUUCGACUUGGACAAAUGGACACCAAAGGUUUAGUGCGGGUGCUGGGAGAAGAGACCCUUCUGAGACAUGUGCUGUCCAUCAAUGAGGAAGGUCUCAGACACUGUGAAGAGAACACCAAAAUAUUUGGAAAACCAAUCAGUUGUUGGACGUGUCUGGUGGAUCUGGAGGGGUUAAAUAUGAGACAUCUUUGGAGACCAGGAAUCAAAGCCUUGCUGAGGAUGAUAGAGCUUGUAGGAGCCAACUACCCUGAGACUCUGGGACGUCUCCUCAUACUGAGAGCACCCAGAGUGUUUCCUGUGCUCUGGACUUUGGUGAGUCCAUUCAUCGACGAAAACACGCGGAAGAAGUUUCUCAUCUAUGCUGGGAAUGACUACCAGGGGCCUGGAGGUCUGGUGGACUACAUCAACAGAGACUUCAUCCCUGACUUCUUAGGAGGAGACGCUCUGUGUGAUGUUCCUGAGGCUGGUCUGGUUCCCAAGUCUCUGUAUCGAACGGCUGAGGAGCAGGAAAACGAGGAUCUUAAACUGUGGAGUGAAACCAUCUACAAGAGCGCGAGUGUGUUGAAGGGAGCUCCACACGAGGUACAGCUCAUCCACAGACGAUACUCAACAAUAUACAGUUUCUGCUGUUUACUUCAGCUGUGAGAAGUUUAUUACACAAACUGUAUGUUGAUGACUGGCGCCAUCUGUGGGUCAUAAUAACACAUGCAGCGUGAAAGUCAAAUACUGUUAGUCUAGCCCUGUUAA